CACGCCUCCCUCCGCUGGAGGAGCGCUUGGUGCUGGCGGGACUGAGCGGCCAUGGCGGGGCCAGAAGACCCCGGCGCUCCCGCUGCCCAAUGGAAAAGACACAUCGUGCGGCAGCUUCGACAGCGAGACCGCACGCAAAAAGCACUCUUUCUGGAGCUAGUGCCGGCCUAUAACCGUCUCCUAGAGAAGGCUGAGCUGCUAGCCCGGUUCUCAGAGAAGCUGCAGCCAGAGCCAAACGAUGUCACUCCCGCUACCCACCAGGGCCCCUGGGAAGAGGAGUCAGGGCCUGACUCAGACCAAGUCCCAUCACCAGCUGCUCAGAGGGUGAAGUGGCAAGAGGAGGAAGAGGGGCUCCGGCUGGUGUGUGGAGAGAUGGCCUACCAGGUGGUGGUGAAGAGCGAGGCGCUCGGCGCCCUGGAGUCGCAGCUGGGCGAACGGCGAGGCAGGCUGGCGGCUUUAGAGGCACGCGUGGCGCAGUUGCAGGAAGCGCGGGCGCAGGGGGUGCAGCAGGUAGACGCGCGGUGCGCGCUGAAUGAGGCGCAGCGGGAGGCUUACGAGGCGCUGCGUGCGCGCGCCGGGCACCUGGAAGCGGCACUGCGCAGGCUCGAGGAAGAGGCCCGCGACCUGGUGGAGCGGCUGGUGCAGCGCAAGGCGCGCGCGGCCGCUGAGCGUAACCUGCGCAACGAGCGCCGCGAGAGGGCCAAGCAGGCGCGGGUAUCCCUGGAGCUGAAGAAAGCAGCCAAGCGGACAGUGAGCAUCAGCGAGAGCCCAGACACACUAGGUGAUGGGAUCAUAGAGGAAGCAGAAACUCUAGCUCUGGCUGCUGAGCCAGAGUCCCUGGAGAGUGAGGCUGGCGAGAAAUGGAAGAGGCCCUUCAGGUCUGCCUCUGCCACCUCCCUGACGCUGUCCCGCUGUGUGGAUGUGGUGAAGGGGCUUCUAGAUUUCAAGAAGAGGAGAGGCCACUCAAUAGGGGGAGCCCCUGAGCAGCGAUACCAGAGCAUCCCUAUGUGCGUGGCUGCCCGACUUCCUACUCGAGCUCAGGAUAUGCUGGAUGCCCACCUCUCCGAGGUCAACACUGUUUGUUUUGGCCCCAACAGCAGCCUUCUGGCCACUGGAGGGGCUGACCGGCUCAUCCUCCUCUGGAAUGUUGUGGGAGGUCGCCUGAAGGCCAACCAGACCCUUGAAGGAGCUGGCGGCAGCAUCACCAGUGUGGACUUUGACCCCUCGGGCUCCCAGGUAUUGGCAGCUACUUACAAUAAGGCCGCCCAGCUCUGGAAGGUGGGGGAGGCACAGUCCAAGGAGACACUAUCUGGACAUGCAGACAAAGUGACAGCUGCCAAAUUCAAGCUAACACGGCAUCAGGCGGUGACUGGGAGCCGGGACCGGACAGUGAAGGAGUGGGACCUCGGCCGCGCCUACUGCUCCAGGACCAUCAAUGUCAUUUCCUACUGUAACGACGUGGUGUGUGGGGACCAUGUCAUCAUUAGUGGCCACAAUGACCAGAAGAUCCGGUUCUGGGACAGCAGGGGACCCCGCUGCAUCCAGGUCAUCCCUGUGCAGGGCCGGGUCACCUCCCUGAGCCUCAGCCACGACCAGCUGCAUCUGCUCAGCUGUUCUCGAGAUGAUACUCUUAAGGUCAUUGACCUGCGUGUCAGCAAUAUCCGCCAGGUGUUCAGAGCUGAUGGCUUCAAGUGUGGCUCUGACUGGACCAAAGCUGUGUUCAGUCCAGACAGAAGCUACGCACUGGCAGGUUCCUGGGAUGGAGUGCUUUACAUCUGGAACGUAGACACUGGGAAACUGGAGAGUAGCCUUCAGGGACCCCAUAGUGCUGCUGUCAAUGCCGUGGCCUGGUGCUACUCUGGGAGCCAUGUGGUGAGCGUGGACCAGGCCAGGAAGGUUGUGCUCUGGCACUAGAGCCACAAUUCCCCGAGCUGGAGCUCUAGUCCGAAGCCUGAAGCUGGACAGCUUCCCACCGCCCCAGAGGGCUCCAGGGCCAGUGGGGGUUGUGGGGGUGGGGAGGGCUCAGGGCAUUUGGUGGGGAAGGCCUGGCAGGACCUGGCCUGUUUGUUUAAAAACAAAGUGUGGGUUUUUUGGGGGGGUGGGGUGGGAAUUACAGUAUUGUUUUAUUUUUUAUUUCUGUCUCCUCACUUUCUCUGGCAAAAGCGGAAAGAAAUUGCAUCUAAACCGGUGUCUUCUUGCCUCUUAGCAGCACUCAGGAACAGAGAGGCCUUUGGGCUAGAGGCUCAAUGAGACCCAGGCUUGGUUCCCUUUCCUCCCACCCAGAGUUGGGGUGGAGCCAGCCUGGCUUCUGUGCUGUUCACAGCUAAUGGAUAAGACUGUGAAGAAAGGCCCAGAGGCAGCAAAGGGUGGCAGCUUUUGGAGCCAUGGAAGUUUCACCCUAGGUCCAAGCUGGUCCUGAUCUUUGGGCCCUCCUGCUUCAGGCUGGGGAGGGUCCAUGUGAGUUCUGAGGAGGGAGCAGGGGAGGCAGCCUAGAAGAGCCCUGUGGAAAGGAUCCCAACAAGCCGGAAUGAUGUCAGUUUUGCAGAAACCUGGCAACCAAGGAUUGGAAUGGUGAGGGUGAGGAUGAGACUACAGCCCACUUUUGCACGGGUCAAGAGACUCCUUGGGAGUCAUCUUCUUUAAACAUCUUUUAAUUCAGCUUUCUCCCCCAUCAUGUACCUGAAUCUCUCUCAUCCACGGAGUGUCACCAUUUUCUGAAGCUGAAAGUUCUUCCACUAGCACGGAUGGGAAAACUCCAAUCCGCCCAUUGAAUUCCCCUUCCCAGAAGCCAUCAUCAUCCUGGUUUUCUUUGUUCAAGAUUCGGAUGAUUGCUCCCUCAGGAAAAGAUAAUUCAUCAUCUGUCUGGCCCUCAUAGUCAUAAAGUGCUUUCACGAAACAGACUAGGUAGCAAGAGAGAAAAAUGCAGUAAGAACACUGACAGCCACGUUGUUAUUGCAACCCCCCAUGCUCACGUGACAACUAAAAGAGCAUCAUAGAGAAUAAGAGUAAAGCUGUAAUUCUGUACUCACUGAAGAUCAACUUUAGGGUUCUACUAUACAGGAUAAACGUGACCAAAUAAAGGAAAACAUGUAAUACAAAAGGAAUAAAGUUGUGCUUUUUAACCUA